AUGAGUAUCUGUCAAGGUGCAGCAGAAAAUCAAGCUCCAUUCCUACCACCUUCCGCUCCUGCGACAAAUAUGCCAAGGGGUGAAAUUAAGCCGCUUUCAGGAAAGCCAUACUUUCAUGUGGUUAUUUCAAAAUCACACGCUAGUCCUCGAUAUGGACUGGGGCCGAGUAGCAAAAUAUGCCAAAAACUUCCGUUUGGUGAGGUUCCUACUGUUCUCAACUGUCGUGGUAAGAGCUGGGACAUGACUUAUAAUGGACAAAACAAAAACAAGCAGUUUGAUACUAUUGGCUGGAGAAACUUUGUUAAAGAUAAUAAUUUGAAGGUUGGAGACGGGUGCGUUUUUGAGCUCAUGGAAAACAGUGAAGAGAAAAUCGUCUUUGAAGUUCAAAUUCUUGGAGGUGGAUUUCCUGGAACUGAUUACUGUGAAGAAGAGCCGAUUUUCAUAUCCAAAUUUUCUGGUACUGGUGAGAGUGAUUCACCAUAUGUCAUUGACUAG